AUGGCAAUAGAGGUGUAUGCAAAUUUAGCAGUAUAUGUGAAGCUGUAUCUUGAUGACAACAGUCUGAAAUGGGAUGCAUUCACUCUGUUAAUCUACACCUGGAAUUCUGUACUCAAGCUCUGGGACUGCUUGACACAGAAACCAGGACUGAGAGAUAUCAAUUUAGAUGACUUUGUCCAACAGAAGAUCCAACCAAGGAAGCCAAAGGCUGUUCAUGUUGAGACUUUGCCAGGAAUUCUGGAUGCAGUUCAGUUAACAUCUAGUAUGCUGCCCAGGGAACCCAAUUCAUGUCCAGCUCAGACAGUGCAAGCUCUGCAGGAGUCAGAGAAUGACAAUUCAGACAAGAAGAAUUGGAAUUCUUUGCAGAACAUUAUGGAGAAUUAUUUUGAGACUGUGAUAAAUCAGCCUGCCUGUUCAAAGAGACCCAUGCCAGCUGCAACUGGUUGCAUGCCCUGA